UUAGGUCCAAAUAUAGCUGUAACAAACGCUCAGGUUCCCGUGAUCGUAACGUCGGCGAAAGACGUCAUCAGCUGAGGUAGAGAGCCCACCUGAGUGUUUUCUGACAGGUAGAGUUUAGCGGGUAAUUAGCACCUGCCACGGGUAACCCCUUGCUGUGCUGUCGGACUCGCAUGAAAAGUGUUAACAGUUAACGGAACUGGUCGGAUUGAUCGACAGGAGUCGCAAACUUGCUUGGCCAAUCAUAAAGCACGUGGCAUAGACUUCAUCUACAUACAUAGUAUAAAUUUGGAAUUUUAAUACGACUAAGUUACUUUCUCAAUAGAAUUUAAAAAGACAUCAACUAAGCCAACUAUCUGGUGUAAACACUCGGCACACCAUCGACAUAUCAUUGUUCAACGGACUGAAGUGUGAAUUAUGAUUUCGUCAACAUUCUCCAUUGACUACCUGACCAGCAAGGUAAAUCGCUGCGGUGGAGAGGAUAGUCUGCGACGUUCCCCUGUCCCGAGUUUAAGUAAUAGUUCGAGCGGAACCGAGUCGGAAAAUCCGGAAUCCAUUGUGAAAGUGCUGCUAUCUUUGGACAAAACAAUGAAGUCAAACAUUGGCGAUGCUACCGAUGGAAAACCCGCACAAUCCUACAUCGCUUUGAUUUCCAUGGCGAUAUUAAGCUCUCCAAAUCAAAAAAUGCUGCUGUGUGACAUCUACCAGUAUAUCAUGGAUAAUUUUCGUUUCUACAACAAUACAAACAAAGCUUGGAGGAACAGCAUACGACACAAUCUCUCCCUUAACGAAUGUUUUGUAAAGAGCGGACGGUCUGAGAACGGCAAAGGAAAUUACUGGUCCAUUCACCCAGCAUGCAUCGAGGACUUUUCCCGUGGCGACUUCCGACGCAGGCAGGCCAGAAGGCGAGCGAGGAAAAGCAUGAAAGAGGUGGACGCCGUUAUGUCCAGUAUUAAAGGAAGAAUGAACAGUAUGAUAUACGUGCCUAUGACAUCGUCUGCGGUGGGGUAUCACAAUCAGCUGCCGUAUUCCUACACUCAGAACGGAUUCAGCGACGUCUGUGGCAGUAGUAUCGCCCCGCCGACGUCGACGCCGUCCUUUUUCCAACAAACGUCUCCGGAGUUGCAUCGCCUCCCUCAUCCGUCCCAGUCUCAGAACAUGGCUGCCUGGUGACGGAGUGAUACAAAUAGACAUUUAAGUUGUGUUACAGACUAAACUGACGGGUUUUAAUGUAUUAUGUAUAUAUAUAUGUAUUGUGAGUUACUUGCAGAUUUGUGCUAUAUAUAUUAUAUUUUA